AGUUGUUUCCGAAGACAUGAAAAAACACAUACUGUAGAAAAACCCUACCAAUGUGAGCAAUGUUUUAAAGUCUUCAAAUACCACCUUUCCCUUCGAAGACAUGAAAGAACUCAUACUGGUGAAAAACCAUAUGAAUGCAAAGAGUGUGGUAAAGCCUUCAGAGACCACAGCUCCCUUCAAGUACAUGAAAGGGUUCAUACUGGAGAAAAACCCUAUGAAUGCAAACAGUGUGGAAAAGCUUUCCGGUAUCUCAACUACCUUCAAGUACACGAAAGAACUCAUACUGGAGAAAAACCCUAUGAAUGUAAACAGUGUGGCAAAGCCUUCAUGUGUCUUGGCUACCUUCGAGUACAUGAAAACACUCAUACUGGAGAAAAACCCUACCAAUGUAAACAGUGUUUUAAAGUCUUCAAAUAUCACCUAUCUGUUCGAAGACAUGAAAGAACUCAUACUGGAGAAAAACCUUAUGAAUGUAAAUACUGUGGUAAAGCCUUCAGAUACCAUAGCUCCCUUCAAGUACAUGAAAGAAUUCACACUGGAGAAAAACCCUACAAAUGUAAACAGUGUGGAAAAGCCUUCCGGUAUCUCAACUACCUUCAAGCACAUGAAAGAACUCAUACUGGAGGAAAACCAAAUAUCACUGUAAACAGUAUGGGAAAGCCUUCAGAAAUGUAUUACCUUUGAGUACAGGAACAUAUAGUGAAGGAAAUCCCUAUGUAUAUACAUAAUAUGGCAAAGCUCUUAGUUCUAGUCCCUUGAAUUACAUAAAGGAACUCAUUGAAGAAAAAAUGUGAGCAAACUAUGUGGUAAAGUUCUUAGCUCUUCCAAGUCUUUUUGAAUACAGAAGAAAAUAUAUGCCUGGAAUAAAUUCUAUACUUGUAAACAAUGUGGUAAAGCCUUCAGUCCUUACCAGUCCUUUCAAUGACAGAAAAGAACUCCUACUGAAGAAAAGUUCUAUGAAUGUAAACUAUAUGUGAAGUCCUUCAUAGGUCACAAUUUGCCAUGAAGACAUACACAUACUGGAGAAGAUCCUAUGAAUGUAAACAGUUCACUAAAGCCUUCAGAGAUCACAGUUCCCUUCAAGUGCAUGAAAGAGCAUGAACUGGUAUUGAGCUUUCUUAAAUGAUUUUCUGUAUCUCUUGGGAUGAUCUUGCUUUUUCUAAUAUGUAUUAUCUUUCAAAUAUGAAAACAUGGCUUUUAUAGGUUCAAUCCCUUUUGAUAUGGGAUAUAAGAAUUUUUACAUUUGCUUUUCUAAUACUUUGUUGAGGCCUUUUGUGUCCUUAUUAAAGGAUUUUUUAAAUAGUACUGGGCUUGAACUGUGCUCAAAAAUUUUUUAUACCUUAUGGCAUGUAUUUAGUGUAUAUAAAGUGUGUUGUAUGCAUGUGUAAUAUAAACAUAUUUAAUAUGUAGAAUAUAGCAUGGUUUGUAUAUAAGCAUAUGUUAUAUAUAACUGGUUUAUAUUUUAUGUAAUUAAAAUUACAUAAUUACAAUGGAAUAUGCUUUU